CAUCACGACGGCUGGAGUUAUUAGGGCCGGGGGAGUCGCUCGUCCGGCCAGCGGUGCAGAGCAUCCUAGUGCCCAUCAACAGCGAAGAUGGAUUGCUCCUUCCACGCUUAGACGAGACGUACUCUCCCAAGACAGUCAGCAUAAUGAUUUCGUUUUCCGCAGGGUCCGCGGGAUCCUUAACAAGAUUACGCCGGAAAAGUUUGAAAAGUUGAGUUCUGACAUUCUUAACAUCAUUGGCCACGGGUCACCAACUAUCUUCAAGGGCGUUAUUCUUCUGAUCUUCGAAAAAGCUCUCGAUGAACCGAAAUACAGUUCUAUGUACGCACAGCUGUGCAAACGGCUGGAAGAACAGGCGCCUAACUUUGAAUCACCAGACACUAAGAUUACCACCUUUAAACGGCUGCUGCUUAACAAGUGCCGAGAUGAGUUUGAGAAUAGAGCUGCUGUUUCCGGAGCUUUUGAGAAGAGAGCCGGAAACCUCACAGCUGAAGAAGAGGAGUCGCGCUUCAUCGCGAAGCGGAAGAUGUUGGGCAACAUCAAGUUCAUCGGAGAGCUCGGCAAGCUCGAGAUGCUCCACGAUUCUAUCCUCCACCGAUGCUGCGAGCAGUUGUUGGUCGGAAGAAAACGCCAGCCAAUUAGCGAACAAGGCGAAGAUCUGGAGUGCAUGGCGUACCUCUUCAAAACCUGUGGCAGGAUACUCGAUACACAGAAGGCGAAGUUACUCAUGGACCAGUACUUCGAUAGAAUUAGGAGUAUCAUAGCGAAUGCUGACUCCCCAACUAGGAUCAAAUUUUUACUACAGGAUGUGAUUGAAAUGCGCGAGAACAAGUGGAUGCCCAGAAAACUGGCAACUCAUGACGGUCCACGAACUAUUCAACAGGUGCGCGAAGAUGCUGCCCGAGACGGUUGCAUCUAUCUCCCCCAACAUGAGAAUAAUAUGGUAAAGAAAACCAACUCCCCCAGCAGGCUUCAGGAGGUUCUCUUCUCUAAGUCCAGGAACAAGGGGAUGGAGGACAUCUUCGGAGGCCCUGGGUUCCAAGGACCAACAAGUCUUGGCACAGGUCCCGGUGUUAUUGGCGGAGAGACAGAUGUCUACGGUUACGACUCCUACAGGAACAGUUCUUCUUUCGAGGAAAAGUUCAAUGCCAACAACUCUGCGUACAACAGGGACGAGUCCAGAGAUCAUCGGGACUUUAAGCCCAAACGUGACGGGUUCGAGAGUAAGUUUGCUGAAAGGCCUGACUUUGGUGACCGGUUCACGGCAAACCGUAACAAGACCCAUCCCAGCAACCGUGGGCGGGGAGGAGUUGGAGGUGGAGGCGGAGGGAUGACAAGAACCAACGGUUACGACAAGAAUGGUAUCUCGCCUCAUAAUGGGGAGAAGGAUCUUCCACCCAGGUUCAAGAAAAUGGGUUUCGGAUCGGACCGGGAUCAGCCGCCUCUUCGGCCAUCAGCCAACUCAAUGAUGUUGAAGCCUAAGACUCCGUCAAGUUUGCCAAAAUCGGCGAUGCAGCGGCUUGAAGGCGGGAUGAUGCAGAACAUGAGCAGUCCUAAGGUUAUGAUGUCGCCCUCUGAACCAGCGGUUUUUAUCUCCAAGCAGAGCGGAGAUAAGAAAAGGCAGGAAAAGAAAAACCAGGGUCCUACCAGAGAUGAAGUAUUCAAGAAGAUUGAGGAGAUAUUAGAAAAGCUUGUGGAGACUGAGAGCACCAAUGAAGCGUUCACCACCUGGAAAGAAGGGGAUAUACCCAACAAGAUGGUUAAUAAUGCUCUCAUCCACUUCUUCAAGCAGGUUGUAAAGAUGGAGAAUAAGUCGACUCGAGACCUUUCACUCCAACUUGUUGAACAGCUCUGUGACAACGAAGUGGUGACACAGGUUCACUGCAAGGAGGGUUUAUCUCGUCUGAUUCAGUCCUACCCCACCCUGGAGAUGGCUGAGGGUGGAAUGGGAGAACUCUCUGUCUGGUCCAUCAAGUCAGAUAAAGUCAAGCUUGCUGACGUCGGAGAGAUGACUGAAGGAGGGUCAAGCUAUCCUCUCUUCUUCAAUGUCCUUCAGGGGCUAGCUACAGAUAGCGAGGAUGAACUAUUAGCUCUAUUCAAGGAUUCAGGUUUGAACCUUAUGGAACAGCUGCCCCAGGAUCAAAGAACUGAGUCUGGCUUAGGAGUUCUCCUGGAGGAAAUGAAGCUUAGCUUCCUUGUCCCUCUGCUUACCAUAAACACGGAGAUCUGGAAACAGUUGGAAACCAAUCCUGGUCCUGAGGAGUUUCUCGCCUGGAUCAAAACUAAAGUUCCGGCGGAACAUCAUUCCGACCCGGCAUUCGUCUUCGCUCUCAUGGGCAACAUUCUCAAGUUUAUUACAGAGAAGACAAAGUCGGUCGAGGACAACGUCCAGGAGGUCACAGAUCUGGAGAAAGAACUGAUCCUCAAGUAUCACGUGGUUCUGCAGACUUUCUUCAAGCGGUCAGCUGACCUCCAGUUGGUCGCAAUCUACGCUCUGCAGGUCUUCUGCUUUAACAACAAGUUCCCGAAGGGUUUGAUGCUGCGUUGGUUUGUUGCGCUCUACGAAGCUGAUAUUAUUGAGGAGCACUCAUUCCUCCGUUGGAAGGAAGAUGUCAAUGAUAUGUAUCAAGGAAAAGGGAAAGCCCUGUUUCAGGUGAAUCAAUGGCUGACCUGGCUGGAAGAAGCCGAGUCGGAAGAAGAAGAAGAAGAUGAAGAGUGAAAGAAAAAGGAGGAGUAGAUAAAGAAGAAAGAAAAUGAAAGAAAAAAUGAACUUAAGCUCCCCUGUGAAGUGACUUGAACUUUUCCCCUUCGAUUUCACAAUUUUCGCGCAUUUUCUUGUGUACACAGUGUACUCAUGUACACGUUGCAACCCCCUUGUGUACUAACUUGCUUGUAAAACGUGUAUGUUAGACCCGUAAACCUCACGGAUUGUUUUAGCCGAUUUGUUAUCAAUUUUCUAGGUACAAUAUUCAAUUUAAUUCUGUGGAAAAGUUAAUUAUUUUAAAAUUUUCGACAUACAAGGAUUGGGGUUUAUCCGCGAUCCCUGAUGUAUCUCAAUAAACUGAUGGUUAAGUAAA